AUGACUCCAAGAGCUAUCAAGUCAAAAAUUUUGAUGGUUUUGCUCGUUACAAGCUCUGCUUGUGACAGAAAUCUCGACGGAUACUUGUUAAGCUUAGACCCCUCUCUACAACCGUUUGCUAAUCACGUUCUCCAAUCGACAGGGUUAGACCGACUUCGACGCGUCGAACCAAAGUCUAUAUUUGAAUCAAUCAUCUCUAACCAGUCUAAAACGGCUCUAUUCACCGUGCUUAGCAUAGUAUUAAUAGGGGCUUUCAGGGAGGUGAGGAAGUUCAUUGGACUAUAUAAAGAGCUGAUGGAGCUAGGGGCCGAGAGCUUCUCGGAGGAGGCGACCGAGGGUCUAAUUCAUACCUUCGAAGCCCGUUUAUUGCCUAGACCAACGUCUAGCCUUAAUGCAACAAUACCACUGUUCACCCCGACGACUUUCUACUUCCCAAUCGGGCUAGUCGCCGAACUCGACGACCCUCUGUCGGACACUGUCUACGUAUUUGAAUACAGUGAAUCAUUGAAAAAAGACCAAAAGUGGUAUAGAAAUACUAUCCGUUUUAAAUCAUUUCGGCCCAACUUAGAAGGCUCAUAUCAAGAACUAUCGAAUCUCACAAACCAGCCAUCUAAGUACUCUCACUGGCAUCGCCAUUUUCAGAUAGAUGAACUUUGCCUCUUUGUACACUAUAUAGCCUCCCUCGGUGUUCUCGUUGCACCUCAAAUCAAGGCAUAUAAUUCACUCUCCAUUGCUUGGCUCACGGUUCAUUUUUCCAUGCUCCUCGCCCUCCUAGUGAAGCCCUCUGAUCGGAUUAUUGUUUGCUGCGGAGCGUAUGCCUAUUCUAGUUUAAUUCCGCAGAUCGAAGGAAUGAGUAUCUUUCUGCCGGAUAAGCAGGCGGAUAUAACACGAGUCUUUCUAAUCAGACACCAAUAUUCUAUUAGGGUCCUUGGAACCGGGUUCGGCCGGCUUCCAUACGCCAGAAUGAGGUCUACACCAGCGCUUCCAACGAGGUGUCGUACUGUAUGA